AUUGAGCCCUUAAUGAAAGAAAACAAACAAAGCAUUUGUCCAGAUGCCAUCUACUUGUGGUAGGGUAAGAAAGCUCUGCUAUGGCUUACCCCUGGAAAACGUGGGAGCUCUUUUAAGAAAAAGCACUGUACACUCACAUUUCCCUGAAGUGAGGUUUCUUUUUCUUUUUCUUUUUUUUUUUUUUUAAUUAAUGCACCAAAUUGUCUGUGAAGGCAGAUAUUUUGUUUAUAAUUUUCCAUGCUGAUCUAGAGACAAUCUGCUGUCACUGCCCAGGGGAUUAGUGUCCAGAGAUGGGAUUAUAUUGUAGCCAAACAGGAACUGAACGAGGUGGAUAUGGAGUAUGAAAAAGAGCAGUGAACGUUUUCUUGGGAAGCAUCAGAGCUAUAAAACAGGCCUUGAUGAGAGCUGCAUAGAGACCACAAAUGUGGUAUGGGAGGGAAUAAGUCUGAACAGUUGGUGCCAGUUUUGUAGGAGGUGCAUGAGCGUUCCCCUCCUUGCUGUUUGGCUCAAGGCCUCUUGCCUAGUGAAACAUGUUGUGUUAGCCUCAGUCCCACAGUGCUGAAGGAGCUGGACUGAAGCAGGGAAGACUUUCCCCCUUCUGAAUCCUGCCACUUCCUUAAUAUGCAAACCUGGGAAUCAUGCAUCAACAUCCCUUUUUGCCUUCUGAUCUUCCCAGAAUCAUGGCAAAAAGAAAAUUUGAUGCAUGCAUUUCAAAUUCCCUACCCUUAGAAGGAGAUCCACAAGGUCCUAGGAUCCACAGUUUCCUCCCAGUGAUUUACAUUGGGUCGCUGGAUGUCUCCUGCUUGAUGAGACCCUUUUUGGUGGGGUGUGGGGCCAGUGUCCACAGCUCUGGCUUGCUCUACCCAAAGGUGGCUUGGGUGAUUAGAGUGAUGGCUUCCUGACGUCAGAUGAGAUCCGUUAAAAGGUAUUUAUCUCAGGCUUGGGCCAAAGCUGCGGGGGAGAUUAAAAAAGAUUGAGGCCAAGAUAAUCCCCUCGCAGCAUCCCACUAAAGUGGCUGCCAAAAGGCACACCACCAAAUCUUUUGCUGCUGCUGGCCCCUGUGCCCAGUUUUGUUUUCCCCAGGCAGAGCUGGAGUUUGCUGCCCAGAGAGGCUGGGACCCCUACCCUACACCAUUGUGGAUCUUGCCUUGACAGGACUGCUGUGAGUGACACAGUUUCCUCUUCCUGGCAUGCACAGGGCACAAGUGGCACUCUGUGUCUGCAAAAAUGGGAAUUUCUGUGGACCAUGAAGUACAUGAGCCCUGCCCCAGUGGUUUAUAAUCCUAGCCUGUUCUGGCUAAUCUUCACUUUAUUAGUUUGUGGCUCACAUAAACAUGGAUUCAAAUGUGCCCGCAAUGGUUGCUUUCCCUUCAGGAGGAGUGUGCUACUCUCUCUUUUCACCCCUCCCCAUCCACCUGCUUUGCAUUACGUCCCAAUCCGAUUUCCCCAAGUCUCUGGUGUCUGAUUUAAUUUGCCUGACGCUGCUCCUGGAAUCAGCCCUCCCCCAACCCCUCCCGUCCACAGCCUUCCAGCUCCCAUGGGGAGAUCAGUCCUGGGAGAGGUUGAGGAGCUGAGAGGGAGCCAGGGUGGACGACAGGACCAACUGGGCACCACAAGGGUACGAGGACCUUCUGCCUGGAGCAAAGUCAUCCUCAGCUGGGAGGCAGGCUGUGAGACUCCCAACUAGGGAAGGCGACCCAGCCUACGCUACAAAUCCUGAUUCAAGGUUGCCCACGUGGAAAAGCCACCUGUAGCUCAGAAAGAUGGGGGAAAUGGAACAGAUGAAGCAGGAGGCUGAGCAGCUGAAGAAGCAGAUUGCGGAUGCCCGGAAAGCUUGUGCAGACACAACACUUGCUCAGAUUGUGUCUGGAGUGGAGGUUGUUGGCCGCAUUCAGAUGCGGACCCGAAGGACUCUGCGUGGGCACUUGGCCAAGAUCUACGCCAUGCACUGGUCAACGGACUCCAAACUACUGGUCAGUGCCUCACAAGAUGGGAAACUGAUUGUGUGGGACACAUACACAACUAACAAGGUUCAUGCCAUCCCUCUGCGUUCCUCCUGGGUCAUGACCUGUGCCUAUGCACCCUCAGGUAAUUUUGUGGCCUGUGGGGGCCUUGACAACAUGUGCUCCAUCUACAACCUCAAGACGCGCGAAGGCAAUGUCAAAGUGAGCAGGGAACUCUCAGCUCAUACAGGUUACCUCUCCUGCUGCCGGUUUCUUGAUGACAACAGUAUUGUGACUAGCUCUGGAGAUACCACGUGUGCACUCUGGGACAUUGAGACAGGGCAGCAGAAGACCGUGUUCCUGGGUCACACUGGAGACUGUAUGAGCUUGGCAGUUUCCCCAGACUUCAAACUGUUCAUCUCUGGAGCCUGUGAUGCCACUGCCAAACUGUGGGAUGUGCGGGAGGGUACCUGCCGCCAGACAUUCUCAGGGCACGAGUCUGAUAUCAAUGCCAUCUGUUUCUUCCCUAAUGGCGAAGCCAUCUGCACUGGCUCAGAUGAUGCCACCUGCCGUCUCUUUGACCUCCGGGCAGACCAGGAGCUCAUAGUGUACUCUCACGAAAGCAUCAUUUGCGGAAUCACAUCAGUCGCCUUCUCCCGCAGCGGGCGCCUCUUGCUUGCUGGAUAUGAUGACUUCAAUUGCAACAUCUGGGACUCCCUGAAAGCAGAACGUGUGGGAAUCCUUUCUGGCCACGACAACAGAGUGAGCUGCUUGGGCGUUACAGCAGAUGGCAUGGCUGUUGCCACUGGCUCCUGGGACAGCUUCCUCAAGAUUUGGAACUAAGGACAGCAGAGGAGAGGGAAAGAACAGCAGAAGCAUGGGCCACAGCGACUGCAUCAUCAGCCAAGCACAACAGAAACACCCACUUGUCACUCUCACUUCUCUCUACACACAGGUUGCUUACAGGGGUCUCCUAGAGUGAAAGGGGAAGGAGGGGGAGUACACAUACUGGCUGUUCUCUCUACCUCUAAGCAAGCCUGGUUUCUUGCAGGCUUGAAGACCUACAAAACACAACAAUUAUAUCUCUGGACUUUACAGUUCAAACACCCUGCAUUUCCUCCAAACACCUCCACCCACAUUUGGUAUCCAGCCCUUGGAGGACCCCUCAUUCAACACCUCUGUCCUAGACCUUUGAUUUAACUAUACCUAGCUUCUGUGGGGCUGUCAUACUUCUGCAGGCAGCCUCAGAGACAUACUAGGCUUGAGAUUUAUAACAUGCAACCCUUACCAAGCAGGUAGUGUAAAUUGGGCUCACUUUCCACUGGGAAAAACUUAAGACUUAUCUAUGGAUAAAUGGGGGAAAAAACAGCCCUCAGACCUUCCAGUCUACCAGAGAAUGUUUUAUUUAUUCUUGUUUGCUUCUUGCUGUUUCUUCUCUUUUUGCCUCAUUCCUAUAUUGUGCAGUGACCAAUAUAGUGUCUGACCAGUAGCCAUCAGCCACCGCUUUCAUGUCUGUUCUAGAUCUCCAUAGUCCAGGCAAAUAAAGAAAGCUGACAUAAGCACCACAGACUAUGUUAUUUCCAGAGCUGCUCUUCUCUUGUGAACACUCUCUUGAUUCUCUCUCUAAACAACAUAUUCUUUUAAGUCCACAAGGAACGUGUUCCUCUGUUGUUUUGUUGAGAAUAGGUCCAUUUGUCCUGAAGUUCACUGCUCUGAGUUAGAAUGGAGCACUGAAAUUAUAUCCCUGUAAGUCUUGGAGAUCUGUCACAACUCACAUCUCUCAGCUCAGGGGACAGCUGAGCAUCAGAGCUA